AUGUUAGCAUCAUGGACUGGUGAUGUGGUAGGCGCAAUAUCGGUGUUCACGAUUGUUUUGAACGUUGGAUACGAUUCCAAAUCGUCCCCAUCAGACGCCCCAUCCGCAAUUCUUAUUAGCACUAAAAGCAAUACAGAUUUGUCAAAUUUUGACAAUGAGUUCACUCAAGAAGCGCCACUGCUAACGCCUAUUGAUCGGCUGUUCCUGAUGAACCUGGAUCAAUCGGAAUUCGAAGGAUUCACUUUUACAAAUCCUGAAUAUCAGCAAUAUUUCUGA